UGUUGAUAACAAAUUGGUAGUACUGGUACAGUAAGCGACGAAAUCUGUUGUCUGCCGAGAAGUGGUGGAUCGGAGGCCACUGUGAGUCAUCCCUGAGUCAUCUGUGAGUCGAUCCCGCGACAGAAUCUGGUUGGAAAAGCAAACAAAUUCAGCAGCUAUGCAUGGACGACCAAAGAGGAAAGGUCCAGACCUUAAAUUUAAGUUCACAGACAGUCAGCCACCCCAGCCUGUGGGACCUCCACGGGACCUGGACAGCAGAACAACAAUAACCAUGGAUGGCAAGGAUGUGGAAGUCUCGGCUGAUGACCUGGAACUACUGAAAGAAUUAGGACGUGGGGCAUAUGGUGUAGUGGAAAAAAUGAGACACAGGCCAUCAAACACAAUCAUGGCCGUGAAGAGAAUUACCAGCACCGUAGAUAGUCGUGAGCAACAGUACCUCCUAAUGGACCUUGAUGUCUCCAUGCGGUCUGGCGCAUGCCCCUACACAGUCCAUUUCUAUGGAGCGUUGUUCAGAGACGGUGAUGUGUGGAUCUGUAUGGAAGUUAUGGAGACUUCCCUGGAUAAAUUCUAUCCCAUGGUAUUCUCACAGGGAAAGUCUUUUCCAGAGGAAUUCCUUGGCAAGAUUGCAUUCUCUGUAGUGAGUGCCUUACAUUACCUACACACUGAACUUAAGGUUAUUCAUCGUGAUGUGAAGCCAUCCAAUAUUCUUAUUAAUAGACGUGGAGAGGUUAAGAUGUGUGAUUUUGGGAUCUCAGGUUACUUAGUAGACUCAGUUGCUAAGACAGUACAAGCUGGAUGUAAACCAUAUAUGGCUCCUGAACGAAUAGACCCCCAAGGUGUUCCCUCAAGCUAUGACAUUCGCUCAGAUGUGUGGUCUCUUGGGAUAUCUAUUGUGGAAAUAGCUACAGGUAAAUUCCCAUACAAGACGUGGGGUACACCUUUUGACCAGUUAAAACAAGUAGUGAUGGAUGCUCCCCCUCGCCUCCCAGCUGGAACUUUCUCCCCAGACUUCGAUAACUUUAUAGAGCAAGUCUUAGUCAAAGACUACAAACUGCGGCCAAACUACAUGCGUCUAUUGGAACACUCCUUCAUUAUGGCACAUGCAAAUUCUACCAGUGAUGCAUUUGCAGGCUUUAUCAAUGUAAAUUUGCCUCCAUUGCAACAGUGACAUCAAGCUCUUCUAGACUAGUUUGCUUUUUUUUCUUUUGUUACUAAUGUAUUAUUAGAUACAUUAAGGAUGAAUUUUUAUUAAAUAAAAACUUUAAUGAUUAGAUGUGUGAGAAAGAAUCCUCAUGUGUUCUGUGUACUGUUUCAAUGUACAAAUUUCCUUACAGGUUAUUAGAGUUUAUUGUAAUAUGUUUUAAGAGUAGGCCUUGUGGCACUGACUGCCCUGGUGACAUCACCAAUUUUGGUGACUUGUUAAAGUUGUGCUGUCCCCAUGUAAAUAGUUUUUAGCAUAUAUAAUAAAGAAGCUUUUUAA